CAAAUUAAUUGUAACCCUUCAUAUCGUGCAGCAUUAUUAUUAAACUUUACUUCAACUACUUGAUAAAAAUUAUUAGCCCCAGGAGAAAUGUAUAUAAUAUUGUAAUAUAUGUAAUAUAUGAUUAAUGGUCAAAUAUCCUAUCGCGUCUAUCUACCGUGAAGAUCUCGUGGCGUAUAUGGUUUUCAAAAUUGUCAUCAUUUUGUCAGCUUGCAAACAUGAAUGGACACAAAGAAAAUAAAUUAAAAAGUAACAAUCAUCUCUGGGUCGAUCAGUUUUUACAGAUACAAUCUUUCAAUGAAUUGAUUCACGACGAAGAAAUCAAAGCAGAAGAGAGUCCUGGAAUAAAAUUGGGAUGGAUCAAAGGUGUACUGGUUCCAUGUCUACUCAGUAUAUGGGGCGUGAUGCUUUUUAUACGAAUGCCAUGGAUCUUAGGACAAGCGGGAAUACUCAAUUCCAUAGUGAUCAUUUUCAUUUCGUUGAUUAUUAUUCUUAUCACUACUUUAUCACUGUCUGCAAUCAGUACGAAUGGAAAAAUAAAAGGAGGAGGUCUUUAUUUUAUCAUUUCCAGAUCAAUCGGUCCUGAAUUUGGAGGAUCUAUUGGUAUUUUAUUGGCAUUUGCCAACAUCAUUUCAGCGGCCAUGAACACGAUUGGGUUUUGCUCAUCAUUAAAAUUAAUGUUGAAUUCGUACAACAUAAACAUAUUAGACGGAAAUUUUGAAUUCAGGGCGUUAGGAGUUGUAUCUAUAAUAACUAUGAGUAUACUUUGUUGCAUUGGGAUGGAUAGAGAAGCUGAAGUACAAAAUGCACUUUUAAUAGCAAUAAUCAUUGGAAUUUUCAACGUAAUAAUUGGAUCAUGUAUAGGACCAACCAGUAUUAGCGCAAAAGCAUCAGGCUUCACCGGAUUCAGCAUGGAUACGUUUAGAAAAAAUUGGUAUUCAGAUUAUAGAUUUGAUAUUGAGAACAACAUCCAUCACUCUUUUUUCACAAUUUUUGCCAUUUUCUUUCCAUCUGUUACUGGUAUUCAAGCCGGGGCAAAUAUAUCAGGAGAUCUCAAGGACCCAAGUACUUCUAUACCAAAGGGAACUCUAUUGUCGAUCGUCAUUACUAUAACUUCAUAUGUUAUAUUAAUAUUAGUGCCUGGAGCGGUUCAGCUGAGGGAAGCAAGUGGUAUUGUAGAUGAAUAUAUUCUUAAUAACGGUACUUAUUUAAACUGUUCAUCGAGGAACUGCAGCAAAGGAUUACUCUACGAUCAAAAUUUGUUCCAGACAAUCGCAUUAUCGCCGACUUGUAUAUAUUUCGGUUGCUUCGGAGCAACAUUAAGCACAGCUUUAACAGCAUUAGUAUCCGUUCCGAAACUCUUGCAAAGAAUGGGCCAAGAUGACGUUUAUCCGCUAUUAAAAUAUUUAGCAAAAGGCUAUGGACAAUUUAAUGAACCCUACCGUGCUCAUGUGCUUUCCAUGAUUCUUUCAUCCGCAUUACUUAUUAUAGGUGACCUAAACAGUAUUGCAUCAUUAAUUUCCACUACUUAUUUAUCGGCAUACGCAUUAUUAAAUUUAUGUACAUUUCACGUUGCAUACUUUAAACCUUUGGGUUGGAGGCCAUCAUUCAAGUUUUAUGACAAAUGGCUAAGUCUUGCUGGAGGUAUUAUUUGUUUUUCAAUAAUGAUGUUUAUAGAUAAGCAAAUGUCAGCAAUUGUUGUUUGUGCUGUAUGCAUUUUGUACAAAAUUGCAGCCAGAAAACAUGACGUGUUAAAUUGGGGAUCUUCAAUACAAACACAACUUUUAAAAGUUGUUAUAAAUAGUAUAUACAAUGCGAAUACUAUACGAUUUCACGUAAAAAACUUUCUACCAAAUGUAAUGGUGCUUUCUGGAAAUCCCGAAUCAAGGAAAAUGUUAAUUUCUUUAGCUCAUUUGAUUACUAAGAACAAUGGUGUCCAAACGAGUGUCAACGUGGAAAGGGGAUCACUUACAAUCGAGCAAAAGAAAAUACUACUGGACCGUGGAAUUAUGUGGUUAAAAAAAUCCAAAAUAAAAUCCCUGUAUAUUAUACUUGAUAACACCGAUUUAGAUGUAGCAACUCAUAUGGUACAUGGUUGUGGCCACGGACAAAUAAGGACAAAUAUAGUUUUGGUUGGAUAUAAAUCCGACUGGUUGAAUUGUCCAUAUGAAGAUCUUCGAACUUAUUUAAAUAUUUUCAAUGUUGCGAAUAUGAAUGGUAUCGCAACAAUCAUAGCCCGCGUUUCAUCAACUGAUGGUUGCAAAAAACAAAAUCUAAUUGUUCAAAAUCUCAAGAAUUUAAAAAAUAAAGAAGAUCCAUAUAAAACAUCAAAUCAAAAUAACCCCAACCAUCAAAAGGUAUCCGAUUGCUUCGUAAACAUAAAGGACUGUGAAUUUUUAUUUGUCAAUAAGAAAAAACGAGCCUACGGAACAGUGGAUGUGUGGUGGUUGUACAAUGAUGGAGGUUUAGCUUUAAUUCUUGCAUGUAUACUACAAUCAAGUUCGACAUGGAAAAACUGUAAAUUUCGAAUUUUCGGCGUAACGGAUAAAAUCGAAUGCUUGACUAAGGAAAAAAUCAAAUUAAAACAACUGUUAUCCAUGUAUCGAGUGCAUUUCGAUUAUUUGGAUGUAAUUUUAACCAGCACCACUGAUCCUACAACAAUGACAUAUUUUACCACUCUACUAGAACAUGUAAAUCCUGAAGGAAAUCAAUUUCAUGAAUAUAAUUUACAUAAAGAGAACGUUGCCGAUAUGUUGUUUUUAAGAGAUUUAAUUGAACUGCAUUCAUUAAAAUCUGAUCUUAUCAUAUUAUCGACUCCAAGAACUAAUGAGAAAAUAGAUAAAUUAUUCAUGUGUUGGAUGGAAACCAUUACUAGAGGAUUACCACCAUGUAUUAUAAUCAAUGGAAAUACAGGGCCCGUUCUUACUGCUAAUGCUUAAAUAUAAUAAGAUGUAGGUACUCGAGUGCCCAUAUAAAAACGUGUGCAUUACAGAAUUACUUCAACAGCUCUAAUAACAUACCCAAUAAUCUAAAUCCAAUAACAGUGGCAUAGCUAAGAUUUUUAAAUGGACGGGGUUAAUUUACUAAGGCUGGUUAGGUAAAAGAAGAUAAGAGAAGUCAUUCUUCAACCCCUUCCUCCUACCAAGAUUGUAAAUGUAUUUCCGGAGUUUUAAAACAGUUGUAAUUGUAUUUAUUAAAACAUAAUUUAUAAUAAUAAAUUAACGGUAUUGCCGCGAAAUAAAAUGGUAUAAAAACUAUAGUGAUUAUACAACAAUAGUGUUGACGAGAGUCAUCACAAUAUUCAUGAUAACAACUAAAAAUAUACUAGUUAUCACAGUAGAAAUAAUAAGCUUAGGUACCAAAGACAAACAUCUGUUAUUCGUCAACGUUUAAUUAAUAUCAACGUUUUAAAAUAUUUAAAUAUCAAAUAGUAGUAUACUAGUAUAGUAAACUCACAUAAACAAAACUCGUAAGGGGGGAAUAUAGCUACGUUGGUCCACCCCUUUGGCUACACCACUGCCUAGUAACCUAAAAUCAUUCGCAUCGAUCCUCAAAAAUACAAUUCACUUUGAAAUAUAAGGAAUUCCCAAAAACUAACCAUACUAGUAUAAUUUGAUACAUUUAAACAAUGUAUUCGAAUAAUAUCACGGAUGAUAAUGUAAAUCGUUGUCUUUAAAUUUAACUAAACAUUGUAUUAUGUGUGUGCGCAUAAGCUGACCUUAAAAUUAUAUUCGCUUAUUUAUUUGAUUG